AUGAGUUCGUCGGCUUCAGGUCGUCGCGUUUCGACGUUGAGAUCCGUCUUGCAUGCCAGUAGCGAUGGACGACGCUUCUCCAUCCACCCCGAAGAUGAAAACACUUCACAGAGUCAUCGAAACUUGAGAUCCCACCAGGGUCAUCGAGUUCAUGCUGGCCUUGACCCAAACCGUGCGAGUACGGGGGUGAUCUGGGUCACUGAGCAGGCUACCAAACAUGGCUACCUCGAGGAACCUGACAAAUGGGCCAACUUAGGCCAAGGAGCACCGGAAGUCGACCAUAUCGAAGGAUGUUUUGAACGUCCAGACUCUGUCCCCAUCUCCGCAGCAGGAAGAGAAUACGGCCCUACAGCGGGCAUCAAAUCCCUCCGAGCAGCUGUCGCGAACCUCUACAACUACAACUAUCGCCAAGGUAAAGAGUCGCAAUACACAUGGGAAAAUGUCUGCAUCGUACCGGGUGGAAGAGCUGGGCUCAUUCGAAUUGCCGCUGUCCUGGGCAAUGCCUAUCUGGGGUUCUUCAUUCCUGACUAUACCGCCUACAAUGAGAUGCUGAGCUUGUUUCGAAACUUUGUGGCCAUCCCAUCACCCUUGUCUGCCGCUGACGGUUAUCACAUUCACGUCGACAAGAUCUCCGAGGAACUGGCCCGGGGAACGUCUGUGAUCCUGACAUCGAACCCUCGAAAUCCUACGGGACAUGCCCUGGAUCCUGACGAGCUAUCAAUCAUUCAGGACAUUUGUCGCGACCGAGCCACGUUGAUAUUUGACGAGUUCUAUGCUGGCUACAACUACAGCACCAACUGCGACGGAACCACAAUCUCCUCUGCCAGCAAUAUCAUUGAUGUCGACGAGGACGACGUCAUCAUUAUCGACGGCCUCACGAAGCGUUUCCGGCUCCCAGGCUGGCGUGUUGCCUGGAUCAUCGGGCCUAAAGAGUUCAUCAAGGCUCUGGGUUCUUCUGGCAGUUACCUCGACGGAGGCACGAACGUUCCAUUCCAAGAGGCUGCUGUCCCAAUGCUGGAACCUGCAAAGGUCAAACAAGAAAUGCAGGCCCUCCAGCGACACUUCAAAAAGAAGCGUGACUUUGUGCUCAAGCGGCUCAAGGAGAUUGGCUUUAACAUGGGAGAUCAGGCAAUUCCAGACAGCACCUUCUACAUCUGGCUCGACCUCACCACGUUGAAUCCCCCGCUCCCCAAGAACAGCCCCAUCGAUCUUUCCAACGGACUGUCGUUCUUCGAGGCUCUUUUGGAGGAGAAGGUGAUGGUGGUCCCAGGCAUCUUCUUUGACCUGAACCCUGCAAAAAGACGAGACUUGUUCGACAGUCCGUGCCACCACUUUGUCCGCAUCAGCUAUGGUCCCAAAAUGGACGCUCUCGAACUGGGCAUGAACGGUAUCGAGAGGGUGGUGAAGCGCGCGAGAGGGGAGUUUGGGCAAUUUGACACCGCCAUAUCCGAGGAGCCUGAUGAUGAUGGCGAUGUUCCACGAAGUCCCAAGACGACAACACGUGGUCACGGCAAACAGCACAACUAG